UAAAUCUUAAUGGCGAGUAUUUAAGUUCUCCGAUUACUAAAUUAGAUGUAAGUGAUUGUGUUGAUUUAGAAAUAUUAAAAUGUUCUAAAAAUAGUCUUAAUUUCCUUAGUUUGUUCGGUUGCAAUAGUUUAAAUACUUUAGAAUGUGAAGAUAAUAAUUUAACUUCG